AGCGCUGUUCUCUUGACAUAAAGAAAAAGGGAGCUCUUUUCUACUUUCAUUGGACAUUAUGGCUGAUGAUAUCGAGAAUGAAAUCAAGGCUACUCAAGCCAAGCGUGCUCAAAUUACCGACAAGGACAUCAGUGCUGCGGUCCUCGACAACGAGAAGCAUGCAAGUUUAAGCAGUGUUUCUUAUGAUACCGAUAUUUACACCAAAGAUAAAUACGAGGGCUACGCUACUUCGAUUCCAGUCGGCGAUGAGGAAGAAGAAGACGACGAAUUGUAUCAAAACACCAAACGCAAAUUGAAUUCUUACACGGUUUCCAAAGAUGCCGUCAACGAUGCCUUGCAAGACGCCGAUGCUCAUGAUCCUUUUGCCGAAUCAAUGAAAGAACGCCGCAUCACGGGAAGAGAAGACGAGUAUAAACAACGACGAUUCAAUCGCAUGUUAUCACCUUCCCGUAAAGAUGCGUUUUCCGAAUCCGACGAUAAAGCUGAGGAAUCACGAUCUUAUGCUGAAGUGAUUCGUCAAGCCGAACUCGAAAAAGAAGAACAACGUGUAUAUGCGGCCAUUGCCAAGAAGAAGAAGGAAGAAGAAGAAAGCGGUCAAGCUCAAGAGGCAGCACAGCCGGCGAAAAAGAAACGAAGAUGGGACGUUGCUACACCGGCUCAUGAUGUGUCAGCCACUCCUCGAAGUGACGCCGGCAAGCGAUCCAGAUGGGACGCUACACCUGUACAUACCGAUCCUGGUGCCACUCCCCGUUCAGAAUGGGACGCUACACCAAGAGGCACAACGACCAAGCGAUCUCGUUGGGACGCCACUCCCGUGGGCGUAACAGCGACUCCCGUGGGCGGUCUCGGUAUGAUGACACCUACACCGAGUCAGAACUUUAUCCCGGCAACACCGGAAGCCAUGAGCAACUUGCGUUGGGAACGAGAACUGGAUGUCCGUAACCGACCAUUGUCCGAUGAAGAACUGGAUGCCAUGUUCCCUACCACCGGUUACAAGAUCUUGGAACCGCCCGCAGCGUAUCAACCUAUCCGUACACCGGGACGCAAAUUGAUGGCUACUCCUACCCCGAUGGGUGAGCAUGGUUUCAUGAUGCAAGAAGAAGUGCGCGCUCAAGUCAUGGAAAUGCCUCAGGAAAUCCCGGGUGUCGGUAGUCUUCCGUUCUUCAAGGAUGAGGAUAUGCAGCAUUUCGGUAAAUUGCUCGAAUCGAGAGACGAAACGGACAUGUCCGUGGAGGAAUUGAAGGAACGUAAAAUUAUGCGUUUGUUGCUUCGUAUCAAGAACGGUACGCCCCCCAUGCGUAAGACGGCACUGCGACAGAUCACCGACAAAGCGCGCGAUUUCGGUCCGGGACCUUUGUUCAAUCAAAUUCUGCCCUUGUUGAUGUCACCGACCCUGGAGGAUCAAGAACGUCACUUGUUGGUCAAGGUAAUUGAUCGUAUCCUGUACAAGCUGGAUGAUCUGGUGCGUCCCUUUGUCCACAAAAUCCUUGUGGUCAUUGAACCCUUAUUGAUCGACGAAGAUUACUAUGCUCGUGUCGAAGGUCGUGAAAUCAUCAGUAACUUGUCCAAAGCGGCAGGUCUGCCUACCAUGAUUACAACGAUGCGUCCGGACAUUGAUCAUCCAGAUGAAUAUGUGCGUAACACGACGGCACGUGCCUUUUCCGUGGUCGCUUCGGCCCUUGGUAUCCCGGCGUUGCUCCCUUUCUUGAAAGCCGUGUGUCGAUCCAAAAAGUCAUGGCAAGCCCGUCAUACGGGUAUUAAAAUUGUGCAGCAAAUCGCCAUUUUGCUCGGUUGUGCCGUGUUGCCGCAUUUGAAGAAUCUCGUUGAAGCCAUCGGUCACGGUUUGGAAGACGAACAACAAAAGGUGCGUACGAUUACGGCUUUAGCCAUUGCCGCUUUGGCGGAAGCGGCUGCACCGUACGGUAUUGAAUCGUUUGACUCGGUGCUGAAACCCUUGUGGACGGGCAUUCGUAAACAUCGCGGCAAGGGCCUGGCGGCGUUCUUGAAGGCCAUCGGUUACAUUAUCCCGUUGAUGGAUGACGAAUACGCCAACUAUUACACCAAAGAAGUCAUGAUUAUCCUUAUCCGUGAAUUCCAGUCACCCGACGAAGAGAUGAAGAAGAUCGUUUUAAAGGUGGUGAAACAGUGUGCGGCCACGGAUGGUGUGCAACCGCAGUACAUCAAGGAAGAAAUCUUGGCAGAGUUUUUCAAGCAUUUCUGGGUGCGUCGCAUGGCUUUGGAUCGUCGUAAUUACAAACAAGUGGUAGAGACGACUGUCGAAUUGGCCAACAAAGUCGGCGUGGCCGAAAUCGUUGGACGCAUCGUGGAAGGAUUGAAAGACGAAAGUGAACCAUACCGUAAGAUGGUGAUGGAAACCAUUGAGAAUGUGGUGUCUCAAUUGGGCGCGGCGGACAUCGACCCUCGAUUGGAAGAAUUGUUGAUCGAUGGUAUUCUUUACGCAUUCCAGGAACAGACGGUGGAAGAUGUGAUUAUGUUGAACGGUUUCGGCACCGUGGUGAAUGCGUUGGGUAUGCGUAUCAAGCCCUAUCUGCAACAGAUUUGUUAUACCAUUCUUUGGCGAUUGAACAACAAGUCGGCCAAGGUGCGACAGCAAGCGGCCGACCUUAUCUCUCGAAUCGCGAUUGUGAUGAAGACGUGUGGCGAAGAAAAGCUGAUGAGUCAGUUGGGUCAAAUUCUGUACGAAUAUCUCGGUGAAGAAUAUCCAGAGGUCUUGGGUUCCAUUCUUGGCGCUUUGAAGAGUAUUGUGAAUGUUAUUGGUAUGGCGAGUAUGACGCCUCCUAUCAAGGAUCUGUUACCGCGUUUGACUCCCAUCUUGAGAAACCGACAUGAAAAGGUGCAAGAAAACUGUAUCGAUUUGGUGGGUCGUAUUGCCGAUCGUGGUGCUGAGUAUGUGUCUGCCAGAGAAUGGAUGCGUGUUUGUUUCGAACUGCUGGAUCUUUUGAAAGCACAUAAGAAGGGUAUUCGUCGUGCGUCGGUGAAUACCUUUGGUUACAUUGCCAAAGCCAUUGGUCCUCAGGAUGUGCUUGCUACGUUGCUCAACAAUCUCAAGGUUCAAGAACGUCAAAACCGUGUGUGUACGACGGUGGCCAUUGCUAUUGUUGCCGAAACGUGUGCUCCAUUCACCGUCUUGCCUGCCUUGAUGAACGAGUAUCGCGUGCCCGAACUCAACGUUCAAAACGGUGUUUUGAAAUCCUUGUCCUUUAUUUUCGAAUACGUUGGAGAAAUGGGCAAAGAUUAUAUUGAUGCCGUGACACCGCUGUUGGAAGACGCUUUAAUGGACCGUGAUCUUGUGCAUCGACAGACGGCGUGUGCUACGAUUAAACACAUGGCGCUUGGCGUGGUCGGUUUAGGUUGCGAACAACCUCUGCGUCACUUGCUGAAUUACAUUUGGCCCAACAUUUUCGAAACAAGUCCUCACGUUAUUAAUGCGGUAAUGGAAUCCAUCGAGGGUAUGCGUGUGGCACUUGGACCGGCCACUAUUCUCCAAUACGUUUUGCAAGGUCUUUUCCACCCUGCUCGUAAGGUGCGCGAAGUGUAUUGGAAGAUUUAUAAUUCCUUGUAUAUCGGCAGUCAAGACGCCUUGGUACCAUACUAUCCUCGCAUUGAAGACGAUGCCGUUAACAGAUAUCAGCGGUACGAAUUGGAUUAUGUACUCUAAGCACCUUUUGGCACUCAAAACACAAAUCACCUUGUUCACGUUCCUUUUUUUUUCUUUCUUCCCUGAAUUCAUCAUAUCCAUGUUUUUCUUUGUUUUCUAUGCAACUUUUUCAAAAAAACUGUUACUUGUCUCAAUAAAUCCAGUCCUCGAAC